AUGCUACCAGCGUCGACGCUCAGACACUCUUUAACCCGCCAGACACUCAGGCAGCGCACGUUGGCGUCAAGACGCUUCGCCUCGACGGAGUCGACCACCCAGCAGAAGGCACAGGAUGUUCUGGCUGCUGCUCAGAAGAACGCGAGCAAGGCUUUCGAGAGCGCAAAAAAGCUCCUGGAACCCCUCGGAGAGAAGGCUGGACAACUUCUUGGAUCCUACAAGCAGCCCCUCCUGUACAACCUGUCCGUGGCAAAGGAGAUAUUUAAGCAAAUAUACGUCCGCGAAGGUCUCCAACCACCAUCACUGGCUACCGUCAAGGAGGCAUAUUCGUCAAUUUGGGCACAAGUCAGCAACCCUGCCUUCGCGGGGAAUUUGAUUAAGAGUGGUGACCUGGGACGUGUUGGUAUUUAUGGUCUGCAAGCUUAUGGCAUCUUCAAGAUUGGCGAAAUUGUUGGCCGCCGAAGUCUUGUUGGCUACAAGAUUCACGAUUAG